UUCAGCAUGUACAGGUAGAUUUAUGUCACGCAGGUAAAGAGAGACGGCGGCUUAACGGCGGUAUUUAAAACCGUCACGUACCUCUCCCGCUAGCGGUUUUAAAGUCAAGGUCUGACAUUUUGGCUUCCUGUAUCUAUCGAUGGCAUUGAAUCAGUAGCUGACCAACGCGUUACCUGUUGGGCUGGACAUCGGUGACAUGACUGAGUGGAUCGAGUGACCGCAUUUCUUCAGUUUAAGAUCGGGCUUAACAGGUGACAGUUAAACACUGGCGGUAAACUUCAGAUUUUGUAUCGUGGGCAAACAAGGACAGGUUUGGAUAUGUUGUAUUGACCGGCGUGUAUUUUGGAUUUGAAGGGACUGAAUAUGACGGAGCAUGUACAUGCAAGUGUACCAAAGCAUGUUGAAGUUGUUGACGUACGCGACGCCGGUUGUUGGGAUAGAAAAGUAAACAAUGUAAUGAACGUAAACAAUAUUAUAUGACUCAGUGCAGAUAACGAGGUAUUUGACAUAGCCGUUACAGCAGGCGUAUGAUAAAGUGGCACUGGAUUUAAAUUAUAUUGUUAAAGCAGAGAGAGGGAACAAUUUCAACUUGAGUUUUUUUUUUUUUUUUUUUUUUUUUUUUUUGUUUUUUUUUUUUUUUAGAAAAAGGAAUAUGGGACAAAGCCCGCAGGGACCGAAACUUACACCCUAUGAUAAUAAGUAAUGAACCAAACUGCAUCUCCCUCGAUAAGGAUAUACAUUAUUUAUGACAUAUUCAAACUAAGGAUAUAAAUUAUUCAUAAAACACGGAAAUGGAGCUUAUGCCGGACCUAGACAACACUUGCCAUCGUUGCGAGCAGACAGUCUACCCCGUUGAGAGAAUCGACAUAGGGUUGGUUUACCACAAGGGCUGCUUUAAAUGUCGCACCUGCGCCCUCCAGCUGAACCUCAAGACAUACCACCUUGAUAAACGGAGCGAAAAUGGUGGGGAGAUCUACUGUCAAAAUCACAUGCCCCGCCUGGGGGUCGCUAACAUCGACGUGGACGCUGUGGGGAUACAGACGGCGCUCUCAGCGCCCCCUGCGCGGUGGAGUAUAUUUGGAGGGCAGGUGCGAGCCUCUAUGUAUGAAGCACAGAGCACGGAUCCAGCAGCGCCAGCGACGACUGCUGACGAUCAGAAUGACGACAGCAACGCAGAGAGUGCCACCUUACUCACCCCUAGCGGACGCAAGACGAUGACAAGAUACCCCACGCUCAAAACUUACAAGGACUUCGAAGACCAUGGCAUAUUUGAAGCCCAGCGCGAACUGGAAAGAAAACAAAAGGAAGAAGAAGACUCCCUCUUUAAGAAAUUCCACUUGCAAAAGGAAGAGCGUAUGCGGAAGCUUGUGGAAGAGAUUAUGGCAGAAAAAGAAACUUCUGUCAAAGAACUCGUCGCUCUCUUCGACAGGUUAGGGAUGAAGAGUCCUAGCCGAAUUAUCAAAGGGACUCCAUUAGUUUGGAAAGGCGCCCCCAAAAGCGCAGCAGACGACGCAGGGGCUGAUGAUGACGAUGAUGAUGCCGUCAUCACCGAGGACCAGAAUCUGGAUGACGAAGCUUCAGAAGGAGAUACAAGCGCGACCAGCUUGCUGGAGAAAAGUAAGCACAUUGAUGACGAAUACCAAAGCCGUCUUGACGAGAGAAUGCAGGAGCUGAUGCGAUCUCUAGAACAACAAGAGCAAGAGGAGCUUGCCAAGCUGGUGGAGAAACACAGCAAAGAGAUGCUGUCACUAAUAGCUGAGAAAGUGCGAGCCUCUAUGUAUGAAGCACAGAGCACGGAUCCAGCAGCGCCAGCGACGACUGCUGACGAACAGAAUGACGACAGCAACGCAGAGAGUGCCACCUUACUCACCCCUAGUGGACGCAAGACGAUGACAAGAUACCCCACGCUCAAAACUUACAAGGACUUCGAAGACCAUGGCAUAUUUGAAGCCCAGCGCGAACUGGAAAGAAAACAAAAGGAAGAAGAAGACUCCCUCUUUAAGAAAUUCCACUUGCAAAAGGAAGAGCGUAUGCGGAAGCUUGUGGAAGAGAUUAUGGCAGAAAAAGAAACCUCUGUUAAAGAACUCGUCGCUCUCUUCGACAGGUUAGGGAUGAAGAGUCCUAGCCGAAUUAUCAAAGGGACUCCAUUAGUUUGGAAAGGUGCCCCCAAAAGCGCAGCAGACGACGCAGGGGCUGAUGAUGAUAACGAUGACGAUGACGUCAUUACCGAGGACCUGAAUCUGGAUGACGAAGCUUCUGAAGGAGAUACAAGCGCGACCAGCUUGCUGGAGAAAAGUAAGCACAUUGAUGACGAAUACCAAAGCCGUCUUGACGAGAGAAUGCAGGAGCUGAUGCGAUCUCUAGAACAACAAGAGCAAGAGGAGCUUGCCAAGCUGGUGGAGAAACACAGCAAAGAGAUGCUGUCACUAAUAGCUGAGAAGGAAAGAGCGAUCGACACAGAGAAUGAUUUCAACAGAUCUUUACCACCAGAUGUCGCUCCACCAGAGGUUAAAAAGAUGGACCUCUUUGAAAAGUCAGAUUCUGCCGUUCAACGCCUCGAUAUGCAAGCGAUCGAGUUUUUAGAAGCUGCAUUAUGUGCAGGUGGAUAG